GGUAGAGCCAUGGUCGGGGCGGGCGGUUGCUGCCUGCUCCUUGCCUCCGCCCUCGGGGAGGGGGAGGCCGGUGCCGGGGCGAGCAGCGGGUGAUGGGGAAGAGGCGAGCGCAGCGCUGAGGUCCUGCGGGGCCGGAUGAGCGGAGGCUUGGCGUCGCGGCGGUGGCGGGGCUGGAGGAGGGGGCGAAGGAGGCAGUAGGGGCGGCCUCCACUCCGGCUGCCCUGAGGAGAAGGAGCCCCCGACCAUGGAAAUCGAGAACAUCGUGGCCAACACGGUGCUGCUGAAAGCCCGGGAGGGCAAACGGAGUGGGCGCAGUAAAAAAUGGAAAGAGAUGCUGAAGUUGCCACCUGUUAGUCACUGUGAAGGUAUUAGAUGCUCAAUUGAAAGAGACUAUAACCAGCUUUGUGACAAACAGCCGAUAGGAAGACUUCUCUUCAGACAGUUCUGUGAUUCCAGACCAGAUCUAAAAAGAUGCAUUGAAUUUCUGGAUGCAGUGGCAGAAUAUGAGGUAUCUUCAGAUGAAAAACGUAUAGACUGUGGCCUGAAAGUUUUAGAGACGUACUUCACUAAUGGGUCUGCAGCACACUUGCCAGAAAUACCUCAGGAAACAGUAAAUGAAUGUAAAGCAAGACUGGAAAAGAACCCUUCUAAGGACCUUUUUAUGGACUGCACUAGAAUUGUCCAUGAAUACCUAAGCAAAAGACCUUUCGAAGCUUACCAAGAAAGUGUGUAUUUUUCCCGUUUUUUACAGUGGAAAUGGCUGGAAAAGCAACCAGUAACCAAACACACGUUCAGGCAUUACCGAGUAUUAGGCAAAGGUGGAUUUGGAGAGGUGUGUGCCUGUCAAGUACGGGCAACAGGAAAAAUGUAUGCUUGUAAAAAGCUAGAAAAAAAGAGAAUAAAGAAGAGGAAAGGAGAAUCAAUGGCUCUAAAUGAAAAAAGAAUUCUAGAAAAAGUGAAUAGUAGGUUUGUAGUUAGUUUAUCCUAUACAUAUGAGACGAAAGAUGCCCUGUGUUUAGUAUUAACCAUAAUGAAUGGAGGGGAUUUGAAGUUUCACAUAUAUAACAUGGGAAAUCCUGGCUUUGAUGAAGAAAGGGCUAUUUUCUAUGCUGCAGAACUGUGCUGUGGUCUGGAGGAUUUGCAGAAGGAGAGAAUUGUUUACAGAGACUUAAAGCCUGAAAAUAUACUCCUGGAUGACUGUGGACAUAUCAGAAUUUCAGAUCUUGGAUUAGCUGUGCAGAUUCCAGAAGGAGAAACGGUCCGAGGACGGGUUGGGACUGUUGGUUACAUGGCUCCAGAAGUGCUGAAAAACGAGAAGUACACAUUCAGCCCGGAUUGGUGGGGUCUCGGGUGCUUGAUUUAUGAAAUGAUUGAAGGACAGUCUCCAUUCAGGAAACAUAAGGAAAGGGUCAAACGGGAUGAAAUUGACAGGAGAGUAAAGGAAGACCAGGAAACAUAUUCUGACAAGUUCUCAGAGGAGGCAAAAUCAAUCUGCAGGAUGAAUGUUGUAGUUUGGAUUUCCAGUUCAUUUUUAUAUCAUGAUAAAUUUCACGUAAUAAAAAGCCAAUUACUUGCUAAAAAUCCAGGGGAACGACUGGGUUGCACAGAAGACGGAGCUACUAUUGUAAAGCAACAUCCUAUUUUCAAGAAUAUUAACUUCAAGAGGCUGGAAGCUAACAUGUUAGAACCUCCAUUUUUGCCAGAUCCACGUGCCGUAUAUUGUAAAGAUGUCCUGGACAUAGAGCAGUUCUCAACAGUAAAAGGAGUGAACCUGGAUACUACAGAUGAUGACUUCUAUUCCAAAUUUGUUACGGGUUGUGUCUCAAUCCCUUGGCAAAAUGAGAUGAUUGAAACGGGAUGCUUUGAAGAUAUCAAUGCAUAUGAAACUGAUGGUACUGUGUCACCAGACAGAGAGAGGUCUCCUAAACCAAAGAGAGGCUUUUUUCACAGACUUUUUAGUGGAGAGGUCUGCUUUAAAUCUGAUUGCAGUGACGAUGAGCAGGAGUCCUCCCGACUUUAAAUUGUUUUGCUCUCAUCAGAAAGGAUGAGCAAACUUUAAAUGUUUUAUAUCUCUGUAGCAAAGUGUAUUAUAUAUAUUUUUUAUCUGAGUUCAAGAUUUUUGUACAUUUGUACUUCAUUUGUUUUAAGAUGUAUAUUUUCACUAAAGCUUAAUUGUACAAAACGCAAUGAGUGCCAUUUGAGUGAGUGUGUUUCUGUAUGUAUUUGAUUUACCUUGAUUUUUUUUUUUUUUUUUUUUUUUUUUCCUCCCAGUGGAAUGAAUCUAGAAAUACUGAAAGGAUUUUAAAGCACAGAGAUAUCUAUGGCAUCAGCGUAACUUGACUUUGUAUGCUAUUGGUAAAAUUCUUCUGUUCAGGGCCUUUAUUAGCAGUUUUUCUUAACAGUAAAAUUGCUGUACUGAUAAAUUCCAGAAUUCUGGUAUUAUCCAGCAGCGUGGCAGUCCUCUCUUACCUAAUGUAUCUCUCAAGCAACUGCUAAGGAAAAAAAGGAAUUCGGUGCACUAUGGCCAGCUAUUAUGGAACUGCUCUUUACUCUCUCACUCUGUAGAACAUCUUUCUGUAUUUCUAUAUGUAUGGCGAAUUCUGACCAUUUAGCUUAAUCCUGUAACAAACUAUAUUUACCCCAUUCUUGUUUUCUACCCGUCUUACGUAUCCUCUCUGUACAGUUUCUUGGCAUGGACUUUGUGAGUAGACCCAUGCCAAAAUUCUGGAGUUAUAUUUUGAGUACUUUGUUGUCUUUACUAAAAGGGUUUAUUUUUACCUGUGGGGGCACCUUUUUAGUUUUUCCUGUAAAUUAAAUUGUUUACAACUCCCUGUAGGAUGUUACAGUUUUAUAAUGGGUUACAAAACAAAGCAUGGGCUCAUUACUAACUUCAUCUCUGCUUAUUAUGUUGGAAUGCGCAAUAUUAUGGGGUUGACAGCAAUCACUGCAACUGAGGGAAGAACAAAGUAGUAUUAAGUGUCAAAUUUAAUUAUGUAAAUAAUCUUUCCUUAGAACCUUUAAAAACUUAAGCAUUAAAGGCAGGUUUUAAUGUUUGCUUGACGCAGAUGUGGAGCUGGUAUUGAAGUUUUAGUUAUGAUUACCUGAUGCUCAUAAGCAAAACUGUUUCCAGCUGCUUGAAAGCUUGUCAAACUUCCCUUCUUCUGGACUCAAAGUAUGCCAGGCUUUCUUUUCAUCUUGUAAAGUUUCUGGUAAAACUGUUAAUGUGUGUAUGAGAAUGAAUUUAGGGAACACAUUAAGAGCUGCUUCUGGUUUCAAAAUUGGAGUUAGGGAUUUCAAAUAUAAUGGAACACUCUUGGAGUUGGAGACAAGACAUUUGUUACAUAGCUUGUUCUGUGCUCUGAAGAUUUGUCUCCUCUGAGUGCGAAUGUUUCUUUUUUCUCUCAAACCUCUAGGGCACCAACUAGACCACACAUGUAUUAUACACACAGAGCUCCUGAUUGUCCCUCUACCUCAAAUAGGUUUGUGCUUGUGAUCUGCAGACCCACUGCAAAAACUUUAAGCUGCUUCUGAAAAACUUGCAAGACACAUUUGAUGCUCAAGCCUAUUGUCAGGUUUAAAUUCACAGUAUUCUGUCUCUAGUGACAAAUACAUUAAUGGGUUGGACUUUGAAUAAAGUUGGAAAACCAGUGUGUUACAGAACCCUACUGGGGAUGAGGUGGUGUCUAUGUGAAAUUGUUCCUCUUGGCUACUGUGCCACCAAAAUAAGGAAUGAGUCUCUCCCUGUGUUUUCAGUGCAGUUUUCCUGAUGUCUAAAACAGCAGAGGACAGCAAAAUGACUGCUGUAAAAAGUGCAAAGGGAGAAACUGGCAGAGGGAGAGUGUUUGAAUGAAUUACUGGAAGAUAGUCUGAUGCAAUAGUGGGAGGCUUGACAAGAAGAGAAAUAUCUGAAAUAAGGGUGUUGGCUGGAGCCAUUAUAUGUGAGACAAUGAGCUGGCAGAGUCUGACCUGACCCUCUUUAUUAUGUACCACAGUAACAGAACAACUCUAAAGAUGGGAAUGGAGAAUUGGAGAAAUCAUCAUGUUUCUCUGAUUAAGGGGUUUAAUUUUUUAAGAUCUUGGGUUUCCUGUUCUGAGGCAAAGGUGACUCAAUUUAAACACAGGGAAUAUGGGGUGACAGUAUGGAUUUUAGUAUUUGCUUAGAGCAAUAAUACCUGCUUGAAAUUUGGGCAAGAAUACUAUGGACACAAGCUGAGUAAUUUUUAUGACGAAAUUACAGGAAUUGGCUUUAACAAAUAAAGAAAACUUGAAAGUCUGCUUACCACGUAUUGCAAAUUUUCUUUCCAUAUUGGAGGGGGAGGGAUCAAAACUUAAAAAAAAUCAAAUAAAAUCAGAUCCUCUAUUCUGGAGUGCUGAGGCAUAACACUCAUUAUUCCCCAGGGGUCUGUGAAGAAAAAAAGGCCAGAUAAAAGGAAAGUUGUUCCUAAGAAAUGGUUACUUACACAUCCGCUCCUUCGGACAAGGAACUCCAACCAUCCAAAAAAAGUAGAGGAUUUGUUCAUUUUUACAAAGCUUUAUUUAGUUUAAUUUCACUUUUUUUUUUCUGAUGGUCUGAAUAAUGCUACUGUUUUUGAGUAACUACAUGUUUGCAAGACUAGAACAUAUAUUCUGUUGCUUGGGGGUGUUUGUGGGGUGUUGGUGGGUUGGUUUUUACCGCAAUAGGCUAAAGAUGGCAUUUUUCUACUAUACAUUUGUCCCCUUUGGCUAGAAAGAAAACCACAUAAUACUGACUAAAUGUCAUCUAAUGUGAAUCCCCUAAUGAAUUGGAAAGGAUGAGAAACUGAAGGAUCAGCAAAACUCUCCUUAUAUGGUACAUGGAGAUUAAGAUAUUAUGGUGUUUAAGGUGAUUAACAUUGCUUAAAUCUCUUUACCGGAGUAUUAGUAGCUUGGAGAUGUAUUUUGAAAGCAGGGAAAGGGUAAGGAGAGGGAAGAACAUCUGGAAGUAAAACAUUGUGGUGUGAUAAAUUUAAUACACAUUUUGCUCUUGGUUUCUGCAGGACAGCUGAGACAAAGAAGGGAAAAGACAGCAGGCUGUGUCUACUGAUUAAGUAGCUUUUUAUUUCCAUGAAGUCAUUCAGUGUGACUUCAUUAUAACUCUGUGAAUUCAGAUUCUAGAUCCAUGUGUUAAGGGCUUUAAUAGCAGUGAGACAAUGCAACAGCCCAAGUGCUUUGUUCUACUGGUGCAAGAUUUGGAAAGACCUAUGGAAUUCCAUGGAGUUACUUGCAUGAGAUGAAUCCUCCUUUCCUGUGGCUUCUGUUUCCAAACAUUUCUAUAUGUAAGUCUUAAUGUCUGCUUGUGCAUACCUCAUGAAUCUGUAAUUCAGAAACUGUGAAACAUGUACCUGUACCUUACUGGUUUACUUAAUGCUUUUGAAUGUUGUGACCAACAGAAUAGAAUCUUCAUGCCUCAGGGUUGUCCUCUUCCUAUAUUAAAAAAGUCAGCUUUUGUUUUCUUCCUAGAGGCGUAGUGUUCAUAAUAGGGAUGAUUUUAUGCGUCUGGAUUGUAACAACAAAACAAAGUCUCAGUGGAAAAAGUGGGCACUUAAAACUAAUUACUGUAUAAUAAUAAGUAAAUAGGAAAAAAAACUAUGGUAUUCCCAUAACAGAGAGUGCUAUCGACAAAUCUGAGCCUUUAAUAGAACACGUUGUAUGGGUUUUCUUUUCCAAAUAAUUUUUAAAACAAUAGAUCCCAAGGUUUUUGUUUAUGAAAGAGAAUUAUCUCCAUCUCAAAAUAAAAUUGCCUAAUUUGAGAAAUCAGUGAUUGAAUCUAUUAAAACCAACUGAAAAUCCAUUUUUAGAUUGCACUUAAAUUAUUUUUCAAACAAUACUGGUGUAAGAAACCUCUCAUUGCUAUUUGUCCAAACAGAGAAUACUUGUUUACAAGUUACUGAAGUCAGUAGAAGUAAUAUGAUUUUGCUUUGGUUCACAAUUUAAUAUUACACUAAUUUAACACUGGAAUUAUCCUUUCACAUUAGUAUAGAUUUUUCAGAAAAUACUUCUCUCUAGGAAGUAAUAAAAAAAAAUUGAAUUAAAAUUUAAGAAUUAAUUGGAACCAUCUUAAAGCCAAAUUUUAUGUUUCCUUUGAUUUUAAUUACCUGCCUGGCUCAUUUUGGUGAUGCUGAUGUCUCUUCUGCUGAAUGUACAAUCCUCUUUUAGUUCAGAUUUGUUCUUAUGGUGUCAUUUAAGUUUUGCACAUGAGAUGCAGGUAACUUUCCUCAUGUUCCACGUGUGUCCAGAACACCAGAAUGCUGUUCAAGUAUAGCGAGGCUGAUUGUUCAAUGUGACAUGUUAGUGUUGGUAUCUCCAAACUAUUGAACUGUUUGUGUAUGAGCUGUUUUCCUGGAUGUUCUAGUAGUUAUUCCUGAAAUAAAAGCAAAACACUGCCGCCUGUCUCAACCACA